AUGUCGCACGUCCUGCAGUACCAUUCCGUAAAGUCCCGCGUCCAGGAUGAUCUCUCCUCUCUCCAGCCAGAAGAUGCAUUCAAUAAAUGCAUGUCUUAUCUCCAGCGGAGCGUUGCCGAGCACGAGGAAGUGCAAAUUGCCAUCCAGGUCAGCUAUCAGUGGAUGGCUCAACAUUAUCCUGCCCGGCUCCGGAAAUGGGAGCAGCAAUAUGCGCAUCUGGAUGCGCUGAGAACCAUCUGCCGCAAUGUCGAGAAGCAACGCAAAGCUCUCGAGCGUUCCACUAGCAUGAUCUCCGCCAAUUGGCCUCUGUGGGACUGGCAAAUUCCUAGCGACAUGACACCGCCGCAUUACUCCGAGAAGCUGCUUCGAGCUCUCGUUGAGCUCUCGAAUCUUCUGCCGAAAAGUGAUGAAGAUAUGCAGUGGGCGAUCAAAGAAAUCGCCCAUGUAGCAAAAACUCGCCUGAAGGCGAAGCGAGGACGUCGCACGAAGCAUGUCGAGCCCGCGGAUGUGCGUAAGGUCAUCGACAUGGUCGAGGCAGAGACCAGCGACUCGGAGCAGCAGCAGCAAGAGCAAGAGCAAGAGGAGCAGCAGCAGCCACAGCAGCAGGAAGAAGAAGACGGCGCUUCGCCGUCCAUUGAGAUGGGUCUGAAUGGCCCCGACGAGCAGCUUGAUAUGCCUUCGACUCCUCCAGCAGCUCGAUCGAGCUUGAAUUCUUCUGGUCCCGGUAGUCUCCAUGAUACGACAAUGCAGCUGAUGGAGGACACACAAAGCAGCGAGCGCCCUCAGAUCGAGCAGGGCAGCACCAUCGCUCUGCUGUUGGCCGUCCUGGGCAACCAGGCUUUGGCAGACACCGCGGCCAUCAGGGCCGUAUCGCAUGAUAGAGAGGAACAGAGCGAGAGGAUGGCUCGCGGCAUGGAGUCCGACGAUGCAAGCCGAGAACUUCGGCGCAUCUUGGGAGAGACGAGCCUGCCGGCUCAUUGGUAUAGGCCCGUCGAGCGGCGAUUCCAGAAUCCGAUGGAAUAA